AUGCGUUUUACACGCACUUUAAUUCUCCUUGCCAUUCUCGCUGGCAUCGCCUUGAGCUCCCCUGGGAGACAUGCCCCAAUCAUCCAGGAUCCAACUUUUGACCCGGACCCGGUCAUCAAACGUCGUCAACAUUUACCCUGGCACAUUCAACACAGUCCCACAGAGACGCAGGACCUGGUCAAGCCUGCCACGUUGAAUGAUGCGCCCAAGAUCCUUUCGGAGCGUCGUGGGCCCACCGCCAUCCUCGAUUACCGCUGCGGUGAUCAAUAUGGAAAUUGCCCCAGUGGUACCUGCUGCUCCGGUGCAGGUUUCUGCGGCACCACAAAGGAACACUGCCGCUCCCCAGACUGCAAGAUCGACUAUGGCCAAUGCGAUGCCAGCAAAACACCGCAAGGUCCUCCCACCAGAGACAUUCUGCGGCCUCAGAUCGGUGUCGUUCCAUAUGGUCCGAAGCAGAUCCGAUCUUGUACAGUCCCAGGGACGGUUGCUUUGACGUUUGAUGAUGGGCCCUCUCGAUAUACAGGUGAUCUCCUUGAUCUACUCGAUAAGUAUAAGGCACCUGCGACUUUCUUUGUUACUGGUAUCAACAAUGGCAAGGGUGCAAUUGAUGAUCCUGAAUUGCCUUGGGCUUCCUUGAUCGAACGCAUGUUGCUUGGUGGCCACCAAGUUGCCAGCCACACCUGGUCUCAUGAGGAUCUCAGCAAGAUUAAACCCACCCAACGUGUGGACCAGAUGACCAAGAAUGAAGCCGCUCUACGGAAUAUCAUGGGAAGUUUCCCCACCUAUAUGCGCCCGCCAUAUUCCAGCUGUGAAGAGGCAUCUGGAUGUCGCGAAGAGCUGGGUCGCAUGGGGUACCACAUUGUGUUGUAUGACGUUGACACUGACGACUACAAGAAUGACAAUCCAAGCUUGAUUCAAAAAUCUAAGGAUAUCUUUGACAAAGCUUUGUCUUCUGGAAACCCAGCCUCCCAUUCCUGGUUGAUCAUUGGCCACGAUGCCCACGAGCAGACUGUUCACAACCUCACGGAACACAUGCUUCAGACAAUUGAACGCCUCGGAUACCGCCCCGUCACCGUCGGAGAGUGCCUCCAGGAUCCACGGGAAAUGUGGUACCGCAAAGAUAGCCGCUGGCAUGGACGCAAGAAGAUGCCAACAAAAGUCGUCACCCAACAAGUGUCAGUCGACGGCACCUGCGGCAAGAAUUACACCUGCAUGGGCUCUAGCUUUGGAAUCUGUUGUGGGCAUUGGAAUACCUGCGGAAACAGCUCUAGCCACUGCGGACUUGGUUGCCACAAGGGUGCCGGCUACUGCACUGUGGAAGUACCCCACAAUGGAGAUGCGUGGGACCCGACUGUUCCGAGCGGAGUUCCUAAGUCAGAAGGAGAAUCUGAUUUCCGAACUGUUGGGACUGCAGCCGCGACCUCUUUGUUCCUGGCGUUGAUUGUGGCGGCAUGGAUGUGA